AUGGCGCAGGUCGUCCGAGUGAACAACAAGUCUGUGGGUGAGAGCCCAGGCGACGGCGCACCCGGCGCACCGUCCCGCUCGGCCUCGCCGCGGCACUUCACGGCGGAGCGCUGGGCGCCCUCGGCCCGGGAGAAGCGGAAGUACGCGUCCCUCUUCAAGCGGACCGACUGGGACCAGGACGGCUUCGUGCAGGGCGCCGAGGCCCAGACGCUGCUGGAGAGGUCCCGGCUGCCGCCUCAGGCCUUGGCGAAGUGCUGGGAGCUGGCGGACCAGGACCGGGACGGCCGAUUGACCUUCUCCGAGUUCCUGUGCCUCGUCCACCUGGUCACCUGCCUGUUGCGCGGGGCGCCGGUGGCGGAGCUGGAGCGACCUGGGGGCCUCCCGGCGCCGCUGCAGGCGGCGCUCGCGCGGCUGGAGCCCUUGGAGCAGCUGGCGCGGGAGCGCGAGGAGAGCCGCUCCCGCAGCGCUUCCCCGGCGCCCACGGCCAUCGGUUUGGAUGCUUUGGGCGCGGAUGGCGGCCACGGUCGCAGCUUGCCCCAGGUGAGCCUCACGCCGGAGCCGGAGCCCCGAAACUUGGACGACGGCGGCUUCGGAGGCCUCGCGGACCUCGGGAAUGAUGCCGCGGCCUCGAAGUUCGAAGACUUUGGGCAGUUCGAGACGGAAGGCUUUGGGGAAUUUCCGGAGAAGGAGAAGAAGGAGAAGAAGAAGAAGAAGAAGGACAAGGCCAAGGACAAGCUGGACUUCGACACAGAUGUGCAGGCGGAUUUCCCGGGCGGCGACUGGCGCGAGCCGAGCGCGGAGAAGGAUUUGGACCCCUUCAGCACCGCCGCAGACUUCCCUGCGACGGCGAAGGCGGACUUCGGCGACUUCGGCGGCAUGGACUUUGGAGGCCUCGGUGGCGGUGACUUCGGCUUCGGGGAGAUGGCCGAGAUGGGCUUCGAAGGCUUGGAAAGCCAGGACAUGCAGCCGGAGAACGUCAAGCACCUGAACUCGGUGGCCAAGUGCGACCGCUCGCUGGCGAAGAUGCUCCGGGACGAGGUGGACCAGCUGGACGGGGAGCUGCGGCGGCUCCAGGAGCUCGGGGCCUCGCUGGAGCAGAAGCUUUCGCAGGAGGCAGUCGACUUGGAGCAGCUCGCGCGCCAGAAGAAGGCCAUGGAGAAGGGCCUCCUGGAGGAGAAGCAGCGCCUCUCGCAGCUCCGGGAUUCCCGGGGCCAGGCGCACCUCGAGAGCCUGGCGCUCCGACGGGACCGCAGCCACCUGACCCAGGAGCUAGGCUUCCUGCGAACCAUGGCGGAAGGGGAGGAGGAGCUGAUCUCCGUGCUGAGGCACUCGAACCAAUACCUGGAGGCGUCCUGUCAGGACCUGGAGCAGGGCGCUGAGGCGCUGACGCGGCGGGGUGCGGAGCUGCAGGCGACCUUGAAGACGGAGGAGGACCUGUGCCAGCGCGACACCCGGACCCUGGCGGAUCUUCGGGCCACCUUCGCCCAGGUGGCCGCCACCCCGGCGCCAGUGGCGGACGCCUUUGCGAGGGAGAGCCUUGCGAUGCCCAGUGGCAAAGGCCAGACGCCGCCAAGUGGGCCCAUCGCGGUGCCCAAGAGCAGCUCUCGAUUCGUGGUGCAGAGGGAGGGCGUGUGAGCCGUGAAUUCGCGGUGGUGCUUCCUCUGGCAAAGAUAUGACGGAACCCCAAGAC